AUGGAAAUGAUAACUUUUUUUGUGAAGCUUAAGCCAUUUAAAAUGUUCAGCUGUGCUCUUGGCCUCUCCAAGGGUCCUUUCAUUCAGGGAAAAAUGUUUGCUCAGCCCGAGGAUGCUGGUUUUUCAUUUAGCCACAAUAUCAGUAGUCAUUUGGCCAGCCUCCCCAUUGUUGGAAACACCAUCCCCACUCCCGACCCCACUGUGAAGCAGGCGUUCUGUGCCCUGGAUGGCGAGAGUGCCGGUGUGGAAAAUCAGGGCCAGAUUAAGAUGUCCGUCAGUGAAGUGUGUCGGGAAACUGUGUCACAUUGCUGCAACUCAUUUCUGCAGCAGGCCGGAUUAAAUUUGUUAAUAAGCAUGACAGUUAUUAAUAACAUGCUUGCCAAAUCCGUUUCAGACCCGAGGUUUCCUUUGAUAUCAGAGGGAAGUGGAUGUGCUGAGGUUCAUGUUUUGAAACAGUUGAUGGGUUUGUCUGAAAAACCAGUCUUGGCAGGGGAAUUGCUGGGUCCCCAAAUGCUGCUCUCAUUCAUGCCCCUCUUUAUUGGGAACGGAAACGGACAGGUUCUCCCGGACACCCUGGCCUCUUAAAAGACCAUCCC